UAUGCAACAAUUUUUGAAUCAAUUUAAAGAUAUAAUCAAUGUCAACGAUAUUAUCCAGAAGGAUGAAAAUACUGCAAUAGGAUAAAUUUACCUUUAUAACUAAUUUUCUGAUGAAUUCUCUGAUUUAAUAGAAAAAUUUACAACGACAUAAAGCAUAUGUGGUUUCACAUCAGUUGGAAAUGCAAUAGCUUUAAAAUAAGUAGGAUCUUAAAUUGGAUAUGUUUAAGCCAUUUAGCAUUUAAAGAAAAACUCUUAAUUGAGAAGAAAAUAUGUAUAAGAUGCUAUGAUUUAUAUUCAAAAUUGUAGAAGAAAAUACAUUUAAUAGAGUUAAUGGUUAAGUUAAAAUUAGAAAGAUGCUAAUAACUAUUUGAAGGAUUGGGUAGCUAAUUUUGAAAUAAGUGAUUAUUUAAGAGAGAAGAAAUUUGAAAAUAUCUAUUUUAUUAGAAAUGUAGCUUGGGAUCAUCCUGAAUUAAUGGAUAAUAUUAAAUAUGAAGAGAAAGAUAGAAUUCAAGAAGAAAUACCCUUUAAAGGAGAGAUUUUCUUUAUAGAUUAUGGAUUUACAAAAUAAUAUAUUAGAAAGAAUGACUUUGAAUAUUCAUCUUAACAUGUUUAUGUUAUUGAUAUUUUGGGUCAUUUCAUUUGUAGUAUAGUUUUAGAAGAUAAAGGAAAAAAGUUAAUUUUAUUGUUAGAGACUAUGGAAAACAAUAGGCUUAAUAACCAAACUAUUAAGCAAUUUUAUAAGAUUUGA